UAGCAAUUAGUUGAUUUACUUUUGGUUUAGUUGGUUGGUUUAAAGUUGAUGCUGUUCAACUUGUGAUUAGAUUUUGUCUUGUUAAUUGUGUCCAAAUUGUUUGUUAAAAGUUAUAAUCCACUAAGACUUUUGAAUAAGAAAGUGAUUUAGUUUAUUUCAUUGGAUUAAAGUUACAUUAUAUCAAAUGGAAUAACAAUUAAUCAAAUCACUACAAGAAAACUAAAGAUCUUUCCUUUUAUUCAUCUUAUCUUCAAGGUAAUCUUCUUUAUGGUAAACUUUGUAGCUCAAGUCUACAUUGCUCUAACUUGCUGUUUUAGCUCUAUCGUAAUAUCUACUGCAUAUUGAACUUUUUGAUAACGGCCGUCAGCUGAUUGGGAAAUGGAUCAAGAAUUUUUCAGGCACAAGCAUCUUUUUACCUUUCUAAACUUCUGGGAUGAUAAUGGAGACGGUAUAUUAUCAUGGGAAGAUUUUAAUCAAUUAGCGGAAAAGUAUACUAAACUUCAACGUAGAGGCAAAGUUGAAAAAGAAGUUUUUGAUCGUUGGAAGGCAAUUUUCGAGAAAUGGUGGACCCAGUUAACAUCGUUUGCUGAUUUUAAUGAAGAUACGUUUGUCGAAUUCGGGGAAUGGGUCCAAUUUUUUGAGAAAAUGAGCCAAACAACCAAGAAUCACCAAGACUUACCCGAUUUCCUGAAAACUUAUCUGCAAUUAUUUUUCUUAUGUAUGGAUUCAAACAAAGAUGCUCUAUUCUGCCUGAAGGACUAUAAAAAAUACUUGACAAAUUAUAAAAUGGAUACUUCAAGAGCUGAAGAAUGCUUCAAAUCCAUGCUAAAUGAAGAGGAUAAAGCCAACGGAAACGCAUUAACAUCCGACCGUUUCAAGCAACUUGUUUACGAUUUUUGGGUUUCAAAGGAUCCAUCAAGUCCAGGGAAAUAUAUUUGUGGUCCAUUUGAUUCAGUUGAUCGAGCAGAGAUGGAGAAAAAGAUACAACAUAAAUCAAUGUAAUCAUGAUAGUAAUAAUAAUCGUAAUUGCAAACAAUUGAUCAACAAAAACUAUGGAAAAAAAAGAUGAAAACAAACAAUAAAUAAUAAUGGAGAAUAAGAUAAGAAAAAAAAUAAUAGAGAAAAUAAUAAAAAAAAUCAAUGAAAUCGAAGAAUGGAAAAAGGAUAAGAAAAAAAAACUACAACAAUAUAAUCCAAAUAUGAAACAAUCUAAUUAUUAAAUGACACAACAUUGAUGAUAAAAUCUUUAGUCAUAUUUUUAUCUUCAUCUUGAUCUUCAUUAUCCUUCAUCUUGAUCCUCUUUUCCUACUUAAUGGUUUGAAUCUCGAUUUUCAGUUUGCUUUCAGUUUUAAUAACUUGUUGAUUCAAUUCUUGUAUUUUCGUCAACUUGUAAUAAAAAAGGUAAACAUUACAACAGCGUCUUUAUCAUCAUCAUCAUCAUCAUCAUUGUAAUCGUUUACUCCAACCACAUACGCUCAACCUUGAUUAUCUUCAUGUUUUUGGGCAAAAAUCAACAAGCAAACAAAGCAAAUUAUUUAUGUAUUAUGUUGGUUUACUGGUCUACCACAGUUGUAUUUGACUACUUAACUGUAAACUGAUUAGUUGGGAUGAAAAUUGAUUAAACAUUUACCUUUCUACAGGUAAGCAUUGAGUUGAGAUACAUAAUAAAUAUUAUACAGCCAAAGACUUUGAGUUUGCAACCACUCGUUUAAAUCAUUCGCGCAGUUAAUGAUAAUCAAGUAAAGAUAACGUUUGAUAUCUAAUCAGUUGACCAUUUUAAGACUACACCAUUUAAAUUAGUGGACAGACUUAUCAUCAUAUCUUUGGGUUAACUGUAUCUCUCAUUGAUUAUAUUCAACUACGUGAAUGAUGAAAAAAGUGGUUGCGAACUCAAAAUCUUUGGCUGUAUACACAAAAGAUUCAUAUGUAAAGUUAAUCAUGGCUUAUAACAGGAAAAUGUUUUGAUUGGAUGGUCAAUCAAUUCAAUUUACUCUGAUAGUCAAGUCAAAUUUGGUAGUAGACCAAGAAAACUUGUCACAAUUAUUAUAUCUAUUGACCAAUGGUAAUCUCAAAACAAAGGUUAACCAAUAAAGUCAUCUUGAUGUAAAAAUCACAAUCAAAGUUUGUAUUUUAUUACAAGAAACAGUUAUAUCACUUGUCAUCUAAUAAUCA